AUGCCAAUCCAGAUAUUCUGCACCAUCUCCUUCUCCUCAAGCAAAGAGAGGCACACCACCAAGAGCCCUGCUGAAAGAAAUCAUGACAAAUCUCUCUUUGACCAGCACAAUCCAGAAGACUCAGAGGAGGACUCCAAAGAGGAAGAAGAACUAGGGGAGAAAGAUGAAGGAACAGCCCCGAAUCUGGCAGCCUUUGCCAACAGCUGCACCUUGCAUGGGGCCAACCAUAUCUUCAUAGGGAAUGGAUUUGGAGUCCGCCAGACCCUCUGGGCAGGUGUGUUCCUGAUCUUUCUAUCCAUUUUCUUAUCCCAGGUAGCUGGACGAAUUUUUUACUAUCUGGAAUAUCAUCACAUCACACAGCUGGAGGAGCAGGAGAGUCCACAGCUGACUUUCCCUGCUAUCACUUUCUGCAAUAUCAAUCGCAUCCGAGUGUCUCAGCUCACCUACGAUUACUUGUCUUAUAUUUCCCCGCUUUGGGGCUAUGAUGUGGGUACCUACCUGGAAGCAGGCUUUCCCCUGGCUACACCUAGCUUGGAAGUGCCUGAGGAGCCCCUCAAUCUGCUUAACUUUUAUGACCGCAGCAGCCAUCAGCUUGAGGACAUGAUGCUGACCUGUAGAUACCGUGGAGAAAUUUGCAGGCCUGAAGAUUUCACUAUGGUUUUUACCCGCUACGGAAAGUGCUACACCUUCAAUUCUGGCCAGUCUGACAAGCCACCCCUGGUCACCAUGAAGGGGGGCACCGGCAAUGGCUUGGAGAUCAUGCUGGACAUUCAACAGGAUGAAUACCUUCCAGUCUGGGGAGAGACAGAUGAGACAUCCUUUGAAGCUGGGAUUAAAGUACAGAUCCACAGCCAGGAUGAGCCGCCCUUCAUUGACCAGCUGGGAUUUGGAGUGGCACCUGGCUUCCAGACGUUUGUGUCCUGCCAAGAGCAGCGGCUUAUCUACCUUCCUCCACCUUGGGGUGAAUGCAAGUCAGUGACAGUGGAGUCUGAAUUCUAUGACACCUAUAGCAUCACUGCUUGUCGCAUAGAUUGUGAAACCCGCUACUUGGUAGAGAACUGCAACUGUCGUAUGGUGCAUAUGCCUGGCGAUGCUCCCUACUGCACCCCUGAGCAGUACAAAGAAUGUGCAGAUCCCGCCCUUGACUUCUUAGUGGAGCGAGACAAUGAUUAUUGUGUAUGUGAGAUGCCUUGCAACGUCACACGCUAUGGUAAAGAGCUGUCCAUGGUGAAGAUUCCUAGCAAGGCCUCAGCCAAGUAUUUGGCCAAGAAAUACAACAAGAGUGAACAGUACAUUGGGGAGAACAUCCUGGUUCUGGACAUUUUCUUUGAGGCUUUGAACUAUGAAACUAUUGAGCAGAAGAAAGCAUAUGAAGUAGCUGGACUGCUGGGUGACAUUGGGGGACAGAUGGGGCUGUUUAUUGGGGCCAGUUUACUGACUGUGCUUGAGCUUUUUGACUAUGCCUAUGAGGUUAUUAAGUUCCACCUUUGUCGCCGUGACAAGUGUGAGAAGAAACACAAAGGGAAUAACAGUGACAAGGGUGUUGCCCUGAGCCUGGAUGAUGUGAAGCGCCAUAAUCCAUGUGAGAAUAUCCGAGGCCAUCCAGCAGGCAUGACAUACGCAGCCAACAUCCUACCUCACCACCCAGCCCGAGGAACCUUUGAGGAUUUUACCUGUUAACUGACAACUGGAUGUACAACUAACACUACC